CCCCAUAUAUUGAAACUGAGCACGAAGCAGUUCAAUCUCUUCUGGGCGCAAUUCCUUCAGUCGCAGUCGCACAAGCAUCAAUCUGUCAUGGUGAAGUACUCAAGAGAGCCAGACAAUCCUACCAAGUCCUGCAAAGCCAGGGGUUCAGAUCUCAGAGUUCAUUUUAAGAACACGAGGGAGACAGCCCAUGCCAUCAGGAAAUUGCCUUUGGCCAAGGCUAAGCGAUAUCUGGAAGAUGUGCUAGUUCACAAGCAGGCCAUACCCUUCACUCGUUUUUGUCGGGGUGUAGGUCGAACUGCUCAGGCAAAGAACAGGCAUUCAAAUGGGCAGGGACGGUGGCCUGUCAAAUCUGCUAGGUUCAUACUUGACUUGCUUAAAAAUGCUGAAAGUAACGCGGAGGUCAAAGGUCUGGAUGUAGAUACACUUUACAUCUCUCACAUUCAGGUGAACCAGGCACAGAAACAGAGACGCCGCACCUAUCGUGCUCAUGGAAGAAUAAACCCUUACAUGUCUUCCCCUUGCCAUAUCGAGUUGAUUUUGUCUGAGAAGGAGGAGCCUGUCCAGAAGGAGCCCGAGUCUCAGUUGGCAACUAGCAAAUCAAAAAAGCUGCGCAGUGGUGCAUCCUCGUGAACUUGUUUGUGAUAUGACGAACAGCUUUGCUUAACAAGUCUUGGACUAUCAGUCUCUCUCUCUAUCUCUUGUAGCUCUUUUGGUGGACCCCUAUCUGCUAAAUGCUUUUUCUUUGCAGAUUUAUAACAGGAUGAUAAUGUGUGCCAUUUUUGAUGGAUACUUUACUUGAGCCAAGGUGAUUGAAAGUUUUCAGUUA